AGAGCGCCCUCUUUUGAUGACAUGAUGAUUAUUCUUGUUGCUCGGACUCCACAAACAGCAUUCCAUUGCAAUCUUUGCUGAGAUUGUUCAUGUUUGUGGAUCAUUUGUGGGCAAGAUACAGCCAUGGAUGAUGAAUUCGACAUACCCGAAAGAGUCACGACACCACCAGAGGUCUUUCCAUGCGACAUCUGUGGCCGAUCCUUCGUGGAACAGACCCUCCAGCGUCAUGUUAAGAUCUGCGAGAAAAACGCUACCAAGAAGAGGAAAACCUUCAACUCUUCCAAGCAGCGGGCCACCGGCAACGAGAUCCUGUCAGUGCCAAAAACAGACCCUAAAAAACUUGAAAAAGCGAAAAGAGCGACAGCCAACUGGCGCAACAAGCAUGAAGAGUUAGUGUCUAAUCUUCGAGCAGCUCGAGGGGUCACCCGGGCAAUGAAGACUGGGGCACCUCUACCUCCGCCCCCUUCACAGGCAAAGGUUAACCCAGAUUAUGUGCAAUGCCCAACCUGCCAGAGAAACUUCAGUGAGGGUGCUGCUGAGAGGCACAUACCUUGGUGUAAAGAGAAGAACAAACGACUACCGACGACUGGUAAUAAAUCCACAGCUCAGAAGGACAAACAGGCCAUCAGGACACAGUACAAACCGCCGCUACCAGGCAGCAAGAAGCGUCAGAUUGUACCUCCCAAGGCAGGCCCAGCACUAAGGACCGGAAGGACGGGGUCUGGAUCCAAUGUACAACAGCUGGAAGACCAGUACAGCAAUAUGAGCAUGAAUGAGAAAACGCCACCGGGCAGGGCAAGGACAAAACCAGGUGGGCGUGGGACAGUCAAUGGAUCCAAGGCACGGAGCGCAAGUCUGGAACGACGGUUAGAGAAGCCAACUGAUAGUUACCGCAGCUCAAGUGGAGAUAGCUUACGUGGCAAAAGAUACACUGAUGAUGAAGAUGAAUAUGAUUACAAUGGCUACGGUGAUACGGCAGAUCGCUAUGGUCGUAGGAGAGCAGGGUCCAAUCACAUAUUGCCCCAUCAACGCGUGAGGGCCGCCAAGGAGCUGAGCUCACCGACCUCCAGGACCCCCACCCCUCCUUCCAAGGCCUCAUCGGGCUCUAGCCUCCAGAGAAAAGCUAGCCUGGAAAAUGUCAACGGCCGGCGAGCCUCCAAGUUCUGCCAUGAGUGUGGGACGCAGUAUCCUGUGGUACAGGCUAAGUUCUGCUGCGAGUGCGGGACCAGGAGGGCCUAUUUUGACUGAAGUGUUUCAAAUAUUUAACCUCUGUAUGGGUCAGGGCUCAUGUCAUAUGAAUAUUCAUGCUGUUGCUAGGAGCUUCACCAAUCAGGGUACAGAAAAU